CCGCCCGGCCUGCACUGCGGUGUUUCCCGCGCGGGCUACCCCAGUUCCCGGGCGUACGGCGCGGCCUUUUGUACAGCCGCCGGCGCCGCCGCUGUCAUGGGUUUCCUGAAACUGAUUGAGAUCGAGAACUUUAAGUCGUACAAGGGUCGGCAGAUUAUCGGACCGUUUCAGAGGUUCACCGCCAUCAUUGGACCCAAUGGCUCUGGUAAGUCAAAUCUCAUGGAUGCGAUCAGCUUUGUAUUGGGUGAGAAAACCAGCAACCUGCGAGUAAAGACCCUGAGGGACCUGAUCCAUGGAGCUCCUGUGGGCAAGCCAGCUGCCAAUCGGGCCUUUGUCAGCAUGGUCUACUCUGAGGAGGGUGCUGAGGACCGCACCUUUGCCCGUGUCAUUGUUGGGGGUUCUUCUGAGUACAAGAUCAACAACAAAGUGGUUCAGCUACAUGAGUACAGUGAGGAAUUAGAGAAGUUGGGCAUUCUCAUCAAAGCUCGUAACUUCCUCGUCUUCCAGGGUGCUGUGGAAUCUAUUGCCAUGAAGAAUCCCAAAGAGAGGACAGCUCUAUUUGAAGAGAUAAGUCGCUCUGGGGAGCUGGCCCAGGAGUAUGACAAGCGAAAGAAGGAAAUGGUGAAGGCUGAAGAGGACACACAGUUUAAUUACCAUCGCAAAAAAAACAUUGCAGCCGAACGCAAGGAAGCCAAACAGGAGAAAGAAGAGGCUGACCGCUACCAGCGCCUGAAGGAUGAGGUGGUGCGAGCUCAGGUGCAGCUGCAGCUCUUUAAGCUUUAUCACAAUGAAGUGGAGAUUGAGAAGCUCAAUAAGGAACUGGCCUCUAAGAACAAGGAGAUCGAGAAGGACAAGAAGCGUAUGGACAAGGUAGAGGAUGAGCUGAAGGAGAAGAAGAAGGAGCUGGGCAAAAUGAUGCGGGAGCAGCAGCAGAUUGAGAAGGAGAUCAAGGAGAAGGACUCAGAGCUGAACCAGAAGCGGCCUCAGUACAUCAAAGCCAAGGAGAAUACCUCCCACAAAAUCAAGAAGCUGGAAGCAGCCAAGAAGUCCCUACAGAAUGCUCAGAAGCAUUACAAGAAGCGUAAAGGUGACAUGGAUGAGCUGGAAAAGGAGAUGCUGUCAGUAGAGAAAGCCCGGCAGGAGUUUGAGGAACGGAUGGAAGAGGAGAGUCAGAGUCAGGGCAGAGACUUAACCUUGGAGGAGAAUCAGGUAAAGAAAUACCACCGGUUGAAAGAAGAAGCCAGCAAGAGAGCGGCUACGUUGGCCCAGGAGCUGGAGAAGUUCAAUCGAGAUCAGAAAGCCGACCAGGACCGGCUGGAUCUGGAAGAGCGGAAGAAAGUAGAGACAGAGGCCAAGAUCAAGCAAAAGCUGCGGGAGAUUGAAGAGAAUCAGAAACGGAUUGAGAAACUAGAGGAAUACAUUACCACUAGCAAGCAGUCCCUAGAGGAGCAGAAGAAGUUAGAGGGGGAGCUGACAGAGGAGGUGGAGAUGGCCAAACGGCGUAUUGAUGAGAUCAAUAAGGAGCUGAACCAGGUGAUGGAGCAGCUAGGUGAUGCCCGUAUUGACCGCCAGGAGAGCAGCCGCCAACAGCGAAAGGCAGAGAUUAUGGAAAGCAUCAAGCGCUUGUACCCUGGCUCUGUGUAUGGACGCCUCAUUGACCUCUGUCAGCCCACACAAAAGAAGUACCAGAUUGCCGUGACCAAGGUUUUGGGCAAGAACAUGGAUGCCAUUAUCGUGGACUCUGAGAAGACAGGCCGGGACUGUAUUCAGUAUAUCAAGGAACAGCGUGGGGAGCCUGAGACCUUCUUGCCUCUUGACUACUUGGAGGUGAAACCUACAGAUGAGAAGCUCCGGGAACUGAAGGGGGCCAAGCUGGUGAUUGACGUAAUUCGCUAUGAGCCACCCCACAUCAAAAAAGCCCUGCAAUAUGCUUGUGGCAACGCCCUUGUGUGUGACAAUGUGGAGGAUGCCCGCCGCAUUGCCUUUGGCGGCCACCAGCGUCACAAGACGGUGGCACUGGAUGGGACCCUGUUCCAGAAGUCAGGGGUGAUCUCUGGUGGAGCCAGUGACUUGAAAGCCAAGGCUCGGCGCUGGGAUGAGAAAGCGGUAGAUAAGUUGAAAGAGAAGAAGGAGCGGUUGACAGAGGAGCUGAAAGAGCAGAUGAAGGCAAAGCGGAAAGAGGCAGAGCUACGUCAGGUGCAGUCUCAGGCCCAUGGACUACAGAUGCGGCUCAAGUACUCGCAGAGUGACCUGGAACAGACUAAGACAAGACAUCUAGCCCUGAAUCUGCAGGAAAAGUCCAAGCUGGAGAGUGAGCUAGCCAACUUUGGGCCUCGCAUUAAUGAUAUCAAGAGGAUCAUCCAGAGCCGAGAGAGGGAAAUGAAAGACUUGAAGGAGAAGAUGAACCAGGUAGAGGAUGAGGUGUUUGAAGAGUUUUGUCGCGAGAUUGGUGUGCGCAACAUCCGAGAGUUUGAGGAAGAGAAGGUGAAGCGGCAGAACGAAAUUGCCAAGAAGCGUUUGGAGUUUGAGAAUCAGAAGACUCGCUUGGGCAUCCAGUUGGAUUUUGAAAAGAACCAACUGAAAGAGGACCAGGAUAAAGUGCACAUGUGGGAGCAGACAGUGAAAAAGGAUGAAAAUGAGAUAGAAAAGCUCAAGAAGGAGGAGCAAAGACACAUGAAGAUCAUAGAUGAGACCAUGGCCCAGCUACAAGACCUGAAGAAUCAGCACCUGGCCAAGAAGUCGGAGGUGAAUGAUAAGAAUCAUGAGAUGGAGGAGAUUCGUAAGAAACUGGGGGGCGCCAACAAGGAAAUGACCCACUUACAGAAGGAGGUAACAGCCAUUGAGACCAAGCUUGAACAGAAACGCAGUGACCGCCACAACCUGCUACAGGCCUGCAAGAUGCAGGACAUCAAGUUGCCACUGUCUAAAGGCACUAUGGACGACAUUAGUCAGGAAGAGGGUAGCUCCCAGGGGGAGGAUUCAGUGAGUGGUUCUCAGCGAACUUCCAGUAUCUAUGCACGAGAGGCCCUCAUCGAGAUUGACUACGGUGACCUGUGUGAGGAUCUGAAGGAUGCCCAGGCCGAGGAGGAGAUCAAACAGGAGAUGAAUACACUGCAGCAGAAGCUCAAUGAGCAGCAGAGUGUACUCCAGCGUAUUGCUGCCCCUAACAUGAAAGCCAUGGAAAAGCUGGAAAGUGUCCGAGACAAGUUCCAGGAGACCUCAGAUGCAAGUCUGGAAGCUCUGGAGAGAACCAUGUCCUCUCCUGGUUCUUCUCUGAAGAAGUGGAGGGGGAUGCUGGCCUGUGUGAUGGGCCCUGGGGCUUUCCCGCCCCACCCCUGCCCCCAUCAGUGUCAGCUCACUUACUGGUUCCCUCCCAGCUACAAGCCAGCCCCCUUCUUCGUCCUGGAUGAGAUCGAUGCUGCCUUGGAUAACACCAACAUUGGCAAGGUGGCAAAUUACAUCAAGGAGCAGUCGACUUGCAACUUCCAGGCCAUCGUCAUCUCUCUCAAGGAGGAGUUCUACACCAAGGCUGAGAGCCUCAUUGGAGUCUACCCCGAGCAAGGGGACUGUGUGAUCAGCAAAGUCCUGACCUUCGACCUCACCAAGUACCCAGAUGCCAACCCCAACCCCAAUGAGCAGUAGCAGUAGUUCUGCCCUCCUGCCCUGUCUGGAUCCCUAAGCUUCCCCUCUCCCAAUCUCUCGAUACUUGGCUCCCAACCUUCCCCUACCUCCUGUCCCUGUUUGGUAUAGUCAUGGGAUUUAGGCACUGCUGUCAAGCAUGAAGAGGAACAGAGGUGAUGUUAGGUCUGGAGCAAAAAUUCCUGAGCUACAGGGAGCAUCCUGGCCUUUGGAAGGAGGUGCUGAGCUGAACUGAGCCGAACAGGGCCAUCUGUCCAUUCUUUCUUCCCUCCCCCCGCCUUCCCCUCCCCAGGCCCCCCUCCUAUCACCCAUAACCAUAGGUCCCUUGGGCCUCUUGCAUCUUGCUUGUGUGUGGGUAUGUAUGUGUGUAUAUAUGUGUCUGCGUGUGUGCAUGUGGGUGUGUUAGCACAAUAAUAAAGAUAUCGGAGAUUCAUUUUAGAAGGAGCCUAGGCUGAACUUGAUUCUAAGAGAGCUUAGUAUGACAGCACCCCAGAGCUGGGCAAAGGUAUUCAGGACCUCAUAGGAAUCAGUCAUGUGAAACUGCCCUCAUUUCACUGAUUCGUGUGUUCAUUCAUUUGUGUGUUUAUCAGACAUAUAUCGAGCACUCUUUAUUUGUCAGGCUCUAUUCUAGAAAUACAGAGCUGAAUCAGACAUGAUCUCUACCCUCCUACUGAGGAGAUGCAGUAGGUUCAUGAUUUCCCAUGGUCAGCUGAAUUCUAUGUAUAUGUACUUUGAGAAGAGGAUGAUCACCUCCAGGCUUCCUGGAGAAGGUCACAUAUGAGCUGAACCUUGACAAAUUGGUAGGAUUUGCUUGGGCACUAGGAGCAGAGCCUGGGCUCUGGGGACAGACAGUUGUGGGUUCUCGUCCUUUUUUAAGUCACUAAUCUGAUGUUGAGCAAGUCAUUUGACCUUUCUGUGCCUCAGUUUCCUCAUCUGUAAAAUGGGGCUAACAAUAUUACCUACCUCAUAGGAUUUAAUGAUGUCAAGCUCCUCACUGGGGGCCUUAUCCCUGCUUGGAGCCCACUAGGUGCCGACCCCUCAGAAUACAAGCCUUCUCAUACCUAGACCCCUGUGGGCUCUGAUCCCAAUUGUUAGGGACAGAAAGAGCCUCCAAAUCUGGAAGAUACUGGAUGCCUAGCUUUUUGAGAAAGUUCCAGGGCACCAGUGGGGUUUAUCUGGUAAGUGAAGGGCCUAAGGAAGCCUAUAGCUUCAAUCGUGUGGUAACCAGGUGCCUGGGCCCCAACCUGGGUUGUGAGGAAGUCGGGGAGAGGUAGCCUGGGCCACAUCCCGGCCGAAUGUGUGUGAAGUUCCUUUUGGGAACUAACUGUGUCAGCUGUAGGGACCGUGCAGAGGCAGCAGAGCCUGCUGCCAUGAGGUCAGCCUUUGCUCGUUCAUGUACACUGUCAGACCAUCACCUUGUUCUGAUUGUAUACUGCAUUUUUGUUUUUUAAAAGUUAAGUCAGUUCUGAUUACUCAAGUAAUGCAUGAAUCCAUUCUCUUAAGACAUUAGAUUUAUAAAUAAAGGUAGCUUCAUUUGACUACCAUUCCCCAUCCCCCUCUAAACUGCUAUCUUGUGUGUUGUACAUCCAUCUAGACUGUUUUUAAGACUUUUACGUAUAUAAUUCAUUGAAAAUACUGUUGUGUAUUUAAUACAAAUGGCAUAUUGAGUCGUUCUACAAUUUGCUUUCUUCAAUUUAACGAUGUUUUUGAGAUCUAUGCAUGUUUUUACAAAAUGUAGAUUCAAUUCAUCCUUUGUAAUGGCUAUAUAGACUGCCAUUAUAGGACUCUAUCACAUCUUCCCAUUUCUUUUGUGAUAGAUAGUUAAGACUGUUUUCUCUUUUUGCUAUUACGGAAUACUACACAGGAACAACACGUGUGUGUGUGUGUGUGCGUGUGUGUAUGAGUUUACCUAGGGUUGCUUCCUAGGUUGAACUGCAGAGUCAUAGGCUAUUUAUAUUUUUGUUUUAAAUAGAUACUUCCAAAUUGCCCUCCUGUACUAUUUACUCAAUAUUUUCCUGAGGUUGUCUUAGGUAUAAUGUUGUUACCUACUUCAGUUUCAUCCUAGGUAGUGAUAUCCGUGAAACCACGGGUUUGAUAUGCUAAUUAUGUAUUUUUCUAAUACAUAUUAAAAGGCAUAACUCAAAUUUGUCUGUGUUCAACCAAAGAAGUCACAUACCACCAGUGGUACGUGUGCUAUAGUUUGGGAAAUGCUGGCAUAUCUGAAAGAGCACAGUCUGGGAGUCACCCUGGUUCAAAUCCUAGCUGUAGAAACUUCAGCUCGUUACUUCACCUCCCUGAAUCUCAGUUUCCUUGCAUAGGAAAGGAGGUCAUAUGUGCCUACUUUGCAGCAGUGUAGGCAAGAUGAAGUGAAAUACAUUUGAAGCAAUUUGGCUGGCACUUAGAUUAUCACAGGCCUUUCAAGGUAGCAGUUACUAUUCUCCUCACUUUACAGUUGAGGAUACUGAGUCCCAGGAAGGUUAAUGACCAAGCUACCAGAUAACAGUAAGGGUUUGAACUCAGGCCCUCCGCUUCAGUCUUGUGCUUUCCCCGCUGCGAGGAUGGUUAUCAACCUUGGCUGUGCACCAGAAUCACUUGUGAAGCUUUUUCUUUUUCCUUUUUAAAAAUCAAAGCAAUAUAUACACUGAUUAGAAGGUGAAAUAGUACAGAAGGGCUUAUAAUAAAAAGCAGCUGUUCCCUGCUGCACCUCCAUGUCCAAAAGGAUGUGGAGCUCCUUGCUCUGGUCCCGCCUCUGAAAGUCUAAUUCAGUAGGUGUGGAUAAUAAUCUGGAUAAUAAUCCUUACCUCACAGGGUGGAAAGGAUUAGAUGACAUGCCUUGGGCUGAAGCCCUGGCCCACAGGAACACAAAUGUGACAAAGGACUUAGGUCCUGGGGAUCAGAGAGGUGAGAGGCCUUGUCCUAGAGCCCAGUGGUUCGUUGGUAGAGCCUAGACUUAACCAGGAGGAUCGCUGUGCUUGCCCAGUGCUUUGCCCACUGUGCCACACUGCCUCCUAUCAUCACAGGGCAACAUGUGCUGAGUGAAGGCUGUACUCAGAUGAGAGCCAACACCACAGUGUUGCCAAGAG